CUAAAGAGUUUAAUAUCAGGUAUUGAUCAGUCUUCUCAUGACUUCACCUCGACCGGCUAUAAAACCUGAGACUCCACCGAAAGCAGAGUCACUCGUUGAAUCUUCAUCGUAUCGUUAGCACUGAAAACCAAUAUGCUGCUCAUUGGAGUCAUCACCAUAGCAACUGUUCUGUUGUUCAGCUGUGACACUGCCCUCUCCAAGACGGAACAGGUCAACAAGGAUGCGGCCAAUGCACUCUACACUUUAACCGAGCGUUGCACCCUCUAUAACUGCCCGAAUAACUGGCCACCCCGAUCUGCCGGGGUUACAUCAUGCUACAUAUACUUUCACCAGUCGAAAGAAUGGAGCGACGCUGAAAAGAGCUGCCGCGACAAUGGCGGGCAACUUGUCAAGUUUGACACCCUGGGUGAGAUUACCACCGUUAAGAACUUCCUCCAGUCCUACUACGGCAUCAGUUCCAUGCCUUGGAUGUGGACUGGCCUUAACGACCGCAGCAGUGAGGGGCGCUACCAAUGGACUGGCUUCGGGGGAGAGUUGAGCAAAGGGAGCUCCAUGUGGAGUGGUGGGCAGCCGGAUAACCACUCGCCAUGGUGGUCAUUUUGGGAUGACGAAGACUGCGUGGAGUUCAACGGAAGACAGCUUAAUGACCAGGAUUGCGAUGAAGGCCGUCCAUACGUCUGCGAGUUCAUACCUUAGACUAUUCAACCAUGUUAGCCCGUCGUAGUGCACCCACCUAAAGGAGGGUGGCAGCCCAAAUAAUACAAAAAUAUAACUUGACCCGAAUUAGUUAUUCAUAUUAUUAAUUAUUAUUAGCCCUCGUAUUUCCAAAAAAAUAUAUAGUAAUCUGAUGUAAACUCUAGUUUAGAGCUAGGAAUAUUAAUUUUGAUUCAAAUUUAGUCAGCGAUGACAUUUAUUAUGAUAUCUGUUUUAACAAAAAGAUAGAAGUGUAUGUACACUAUUUGACAAUGACAUUACAGAAUAUGAAUUUAAUUGGAUUGUGACCAUUUGGCAAGUACUGGUUUAUGUAUGUAUUCUGCCUGCUAAGAAUAAUCUGUUGGUCGUUACGGAACACCCCAAUGUAUGAUCAUAUCAACAACCUAACAUACAAAUUGUACAUGGAUGUACACCCUGUAGAGGCAGAAUAUACUGUAAAUGCGUUCUGGCAAAUCUUUAGCAUGGUUUCAUCUUUCAAACAUACGCAGUAAUUUGGAGAAGAAAAAAAAUCUGUUAAUGAAAAUGGUCAUACAUGUAACCCUACACAGUGUAUUAAAUGGUCGAAUUCAGAAAAAAAAGCCAGGAUAAUGAUUCAGAACCCUACUGAACACGUACAUGAAUGAGCUUCUCAGUUUUCAUUGUGAUUGCAAUCACAUAAAAAGACAAACACCGAGUUAAAUUUAACGUAGACAUGUAAUAAAUGCACCCUAAGUUGAAAUGAAA